AUGUAUUCAUUCUCUUCUCUUCUGACUCUUGCUGUCGCUCUGCCUGCGCUGGUCGCAGCUGAGCUUUCUGGCAAAGUCGGUCCCACCACAUCCCAUGCGGCCAAGGCUGCCGUAAAGACUUGCGAUAUCACCAAGUAUGGUGCUGUUGCUGAUGGUAAAACGGAUAUCAGUGCUGCUCUUAAUAAAGCUUUCAAUGCUUGCAAGGCAGGAGGUGUUGUUGUCAUCCCUACUGGCAACUAUGCCAUGUCUCAGUGGGUCAAGUUGGCCAAUGGCAACAACUGGGCCUUGCAACUCGAUGGUAUCAUCACACGUACUGGUACCGAUGGUGGUAACAUGAUUAUGAUUGAGCACGGUGACAACUUCGAGAUGUUCUCGUCCACUGGCAAAGGAGUCAUUCAGGGAAAUGGCUAUGAGUUCCACAAGCAAGGCAGCAUCUCGGGUCCUAGACUACUGAGAAUGUGGGAUGUGACCAAUUUUUCUGUCCACGACAUAAUCCUCGUUGACUCGCCUUCUUUCCACUUCUCCAUCGACACCUGCUCAAAUGGUGAAGUCUACAACAUGGCUAUUCGUGGUGGCAAUGAAGGCGGUCUUGAUGGCAUUGAUGUCUGGAGCAACAACAUCUGGGUCCACGAUGUUAUGGUCACCAACAAAGUCAAAAGCCCUUCAAAGAACAUCCUCGUCGAAAACAUCUACUGCAACUGGUCCGGCGGCUGCGGCAUGGGCUCUNUUGGCGCCGACACCGCCGUCUCCCACAUCACCUACAGAAACGUCUACACCUGGUCCAGCAACCAAAUGUUCAUGCUAAAAUCCAACGGCGGCUCUGGCACCGUCUCCAACAUUGUCCUCGAGAACUUCAUCGGUCAUGGCAAUGCCUACAGUCUGACUCUAGACGAAGCCUGGUCCUCUAUGAAAACAGUCGCAGGAAACGGAGUCCAACUUUCCAACUUCCAAAUCUCCAAUUGGACAGGCACAGAAGCGAAUGGUAAAACUCGCGGUCCCAUUAAAGUUGCUUGUGCGGCAAAAGCUCCCUGCCACGAUAUUUCCAUCACCGAUUUCAGCAUGUGGACCGAAUCUGGCACCUCCCAAUUCUACUCUUGCGAAAAUGCUUAUGGAAGUGGGUUUUGUCUCAAGUCUGGAACUAGCUAUGCUGCUUAUCCUGUUACUACGCAGUGGGUUAGUAAGGCUCCGGCUGGGUAUGCUGCUCCCACCAUGCCUGCGGAUUUGAAGACGGCGUUUGGGACGACGCAGAGUAUUCCUGUUCCUACCAUGCCGGCGAGCUUUUUCCCGGGUGUGUUGCCGAUUACCAAGUUGGCUGGUAGCAGUUAG